AUGAACAGCAUAGAGAAGGUCAACGAAAUUAUGGCAAAUUUCUUGGGAAUCGAGAAAAAAAGAAGAGUGAAACGAUUCUGGCAGGCGGCACUGACGUUUGCUGCUCCCUACAUCCUGGAGCCCCUUGGGAAGGAAUUUUCCAAAUUUUUGUUCGGAAAUAAUAUGGACAACGAACGGUUGGAUGCAUAUGGCCAAGAGAUAGCAGGUUUGAGAAACAGUCAACAGGAUCUGGCUAACCAGUUACAAUAUCAAAGAACCAUGUUUCUGAUCGAUUCAGAGAAGAAAGGAAAUCAAAUCAAUUAUCUGAAAAGAUGUCAAGAUGGUAUUAAAAACGACUUGAAGAUGUUGGAGAGUAGCGUCAGUCUAGACUCUGCAGAAAAGGACAGAAAAAUAAAGGAGUUGAAUGAAAUGCUGGCAAACACAGAUUAUAAACUGGGAGAGCAACAGCAAAAGCUAACAAAAGUUGAAAGUGACGUUGAAGACAUCAAAGUGAAGGUAAUAGCUAUAAACGAUGAUUUGAAGAAGCUUAGAGAAGAUGUGACAGUGAAUAGAGGGAAUAUCAAAGCGGUUGAAAUUGAAACCAAACUUAACUCAUUAUCCAUAAAUUUCAAUUUUCUUUUGACUAGAUUCGAAACGGAACAGAAAACUCUGCUCGAUGUUAUAAAGAAUGCCAACAGGGGAUUCCUGGAUCCUUACAUAGUGACACCUGUCAAUUUGAUAGAAAUGAUGAGGAAUGUGGAAUCAAUGCUACCCGAACAAACUCGAUUUCCUUUUCACCCGGAUUUCAUGAACGCUGCCAGCUUGUACACGAUUAUCGAACCAACUGUUUACCUCCACAAGAACAAAAUAAUGUUUAUCUUGAGAAUGCCACUCGUACACGCUAGUACCUUCGAAGUCUAUAAAAUGACGAGUGUACCAAUGUUCGUCAGUGAAGAUAAGUUCGUCUUCAUUUUACCCAAUAAGGACUACUUGUUCAUCAAUGAUCACCAUGAUCCCUUUUUGGAGUAUGUAUUGACUUCAGCUUCAGAUUUCAGGGAGUUUUGUAGAGAAGUUGGCAAGAACAAGUUCAUAUGUGAGCAAAUACAACAAACGAGCGGGUUAUCAAGCAAUCUAAGGUGCGAGGUGCAAUUAUUUUUGAAUAGGAAGGGACUAUCUAGCAAUUGCGAUACCAGAGUUGUUAAGUUAGAAAAAACUUUAUUCUUUCAGCUUCAGAAGUAUGGUCAUUGGAUUUACCUUGCCCCCAAAUCGGAAACAGUAGUACUGUCCUGUGGGAAUAAAAGGCAGAAUGAAGUUAUAAAAGGAGCAGGUAUUUUAUAUAUAUCUAACAAUUGUACGGCUCGUACUUCUGACCUUGUAUUGAAAUCUAUAAUCGGUUCAAAACCACGUUUAGUAACGAAGGUAUACAUGCCCGAGACUGCCGUACAGAUAGACCAAUCGCUCAUUGAAAGUUAUGAUGAAACUGCCCCAUCUAACCACAAGCAAGUGAUGUUGCAAAGUGACAGAACUGAGUUAGAAAGUAUUAGUACGAACAUCAACGAUAUUGGCAACACUGCCAAGAAGUCAUCUGUCAAUUAUACUCUGGCGAUUAUAGUGGUCGUCAUUAUAGUUGCAGUUACCCUGUUGAUGAUUGUUUAUAGGAAGAAAAUUUGCAGAUGGUCUGGUCAUGAGGAGAUCAAACAUUCAGAUAAUUUUAUACCGAAUAACUUGACAGAAGAAAAGAUGAUCAAUGUGAAACUGACAGAGAUAGAUGCUGAAUAA